AUGGCGCCCUUCAACCUGAAAACGAUCAGCGUCACCCGCGCCCACCACGGCACCUUACAUCGGCUCCAACACGACUCCGAAACCUUGAGCUCGGUCGCGACUUUCGCCGUGUUCGUUCCCGGCGCGGUCGAAGACUUCAAAGACAAAUUCCCCCUCUUGUUGUACCUCUCCGGAUUGACGUGCACGGACGAAAAUGUGGCGCAGAAAGGGUGCGCGUUCGAGCACUGCCACGCGCGGCGCGUGGCCAUGGUCAUGCCGGACACGUCACCGCGAGGAGACGACGCGGCGGACGACGAGGCGUGGGAUUUAGGGAAGGGGGCUGGAUUUUAUGUAGACGCGUCGGCGGCGCCGUGGUCUCGACACUACAAAACGUACUCGUACGUCACGAAAGAGCUGCCGAAAGUGCUGCGGGCGUGCGAUUUUGCCGAUGCGUUGGAUCACGAGCGAGUGUCGAUCUCGGGGCACUCGAUGGGGGGACACGGGGCGUUGACGUUGGCGCUGAGAAAUCCAAACGCGUACGCGAGCGCGAGCGCGUUCGCUCCGAUUGCUAAUCCGACGGCGUCGGAUUGCCCGUGGGGACAAAAGGCGCUCAAGGCCUACCUUGGGAGCGCGGAUUGCGAUGAGGCGAAAUCGCACGACGCGACGGAGCUCGUGAAGAGCGUCGAGGCGGGCACGUUUAAGAUGCCGAUUUUAAUUGAUCAAGGCGCGGCGGACUCCUUUUAUAAGACGCAGUUGCACCCUGAGCGUUUCGUGGACGCGGCGAAAGAGCGUGGAUGUGAUGUCACGUAUCGUCUGCACGAUGGUUACGAUCAUAGCUACUUUUUUGUUUCCACGUUCAUGCGCGAGCACAUCGAGUUCCACGCCGCGGCGCUGGGAAGUCUUAAAAUUUAA